UGUGCAUUUGGCGUUCCGGGUCAGGCUAGGUUAGGCUAAUAGGAGCAUGAAAGGACUAAAGAGCAGUAUUUUGUUGGGGAUGGUCCUGUCUUGUAGUGGGUGCGGUUGGUGUAGCCUUAACCUGCUCUUAACUGUUUCCGAUGCAAGCCAGAGCAAUCAGUCAAGCCAUUCUCUCUCUCGCUGUCCUUAUUUCCAGCUUCAGCCCCCACUUGUUCAUUGAUUAAGAAAUAACACAAGCUAUUGUCUCCUCAGAUUGUGCACUAUUGCACUAUCUCUCUUUCAAAAUCUCCUCUCUUGUCCAUUUCCAUCUGUUUCUUUUCUUCUUGUUUAUUGUCUUUAAGCUCCAUUUUUCUUUGUUUUCCUAUUUAGUUAGGUGGGGCUGUUCACCUUCCUUCUGUCAGGAUUCUCUUUUAGCUAUUCAGUCUUAGAAGGCUGACAAAAAAUAAAGGCUUACACAAACAAAGAAUAAAAUCAAAACCCCAUAUAACCACUAUAUAGAACCAAACAACCAAAAUCAAAAUCACCAUCUUUUUUUCUCUUUCCUCAUCCUAGUCCAACCCCCUUCUUUUCUUUCUUUUGUUCUUUGCGUUUUUCUUUCCCAGAUGAAGACAAUAAUGGCCAAGACCCCUCAUGACUCUUCUUUCUCAUUCUCCAGAAGAUACUUUAACUGGAGAAAGAAGGUUGUUGAAGAAGAUGAAGACGAUGAUGAGGAAAUCUUAACUUUGAACUCCACUUCACACUUCUCGUCGUGUGAGGAAGAGUUGAAAGAUGCGGAGCUUAGAAUUUCACUGCCAUCUCAAGCAAAGCCUAUGGUGCAAGAACCUAAGAAAAGGUUUUCUAUGAUGGCAGUUUCUAAGAUCCGCUCGGCUCUCACUGUUAUAAGUAAGAGCCAUCACUCUGGCUCAGGAACCAAACUGAUAGGUACCCUAUUUGGGUAUCGUCGUGGUCAUGUCCAUUUUGCAUUUCAAGGAGAUACUAAAAUCAAUCCCGGUUUUCUAAUCCAACUUGCAACACCAACUAGUGUACUAGUACGGGAAAUGGCUUCUGGGUUAGUAAGAAUUGCACUGGAGUGUGAAAAGAAGCAACAAAAGAGACCAGGAAAAUUGCUAGAUGAGCCUUUAUGGAGGACAUAUUGUAAUGGAAAAAAAAGUGGAUAUGCGAUUAGACGUGAAUGUGGUCCUGAGGAGUGGAAGGUUUUGAAGGCAGUAGAGCCAAUAUCAAUGGGUGCUGGCGUGUUACCGGGGAAUGGAGCUAGGUCCGAAGGGGAACUCAUGUAUAUGAGAGCCAGAUUUGAAAGAGUUGUUGGGUCAAAAGACUCAGAAGCAUUUUAUAUGAUGAAUCCUGAUGGGUCUGGAUGCCCUGAACUUAGUGUUUAUUUGCUUAGAGUCUAGUUUUAUAGCCAUCAAGUUGGUAACUAGUAGUAGCAGUAUCAGUAGUCAUCCACUUCAUUAAUGUUUUGUGCUUUUUCAUGUUUUUGGCUUUUGGGGCUUUAGUUGUUAAGCUAAGGUUAUAAGAAAUGGAGGUUUUAUUUUUUCUGGAUGGAGGAAAUGGGUUUCAUUUUUAUGAUACUCCCAUUUUGGAAAAUGGCUACUGGGUGAAUGGAAUUGUAUGUAUAAACAUAUUGUUUGGCUUGCAUUUAAGGUUCAAUUAUUACAGGCGAGUAUGCCCGUUUACAUGUUAUAAAUUCACCUGAAACUAAAA